GUAGCUAAUAAAUUAAUAAUACCUUAAUACAGCUCCCGUGACCUCACAAUCACAUGGAGAAAGAAAGAAGAUCCCCUAUAACUAUCACCUAGGUUGAAAUUGAAUGACCAGAGGAAGAAAAAAAAGAGACUAUGAAAAGAAAAAAAAUUGCUUCUGAAAACCACCAUUAAACCUGCAACACCCAUCCUCUUUCCAUUCCCCAGUAAUGAUUUGAGCAAAAAAACAACCAAAGAAAUCCAAAAAAGAAGACCCAUCAUCAAAUCAGAUGGGUGUGUUCACCUCACUCACUCUAAUCCUAGUUAUCAUCUCUACUACAUUUGUAUCUUCAUCCAAAUCUGCUCCAGAUUACUCUACAGUAGUUUACAAAGGCUGUGCAAACCAGACAUUCGCAGAUUCAACAGGAGGAGGAGUCUAUUCACAAGCACUCUCAGGUCUUUUCACUUCACUCAUUUCCCAAUCUUCAAAAACCAAGUUCUUCAAAGCCAGUGCAGGUGGAAAUGGUGGUGGGUCAGUUUCAUUCACUGGUAUUUUCCAAUGUAGAGGAGAUUUAAGCAAUGGCGACUGUUACAGUUGUGUGAGUAAACUCCCAAAGAUCAUAGACAACAUGUGUGGCAAAACAAUCGCCGGCAGAGUCCAACUGACCGGCUGUUACGUUUCUUAUGCGGUAUCAAACUUCCCGGUGAUUUCAGGUGUUCAGAUGCUUUAUAAAACUUGUGGAAGGUCUCAAGCAUCUGGGGUUGGUUUUGAAGAGAGGAGGGAUACCGCAUUUGCUUCAGUAGCUGAUGGUAUUGUGAAUCAAAACAAUGGGUUUUAUACUAGUCAGUAUCAGUCUGUUUAUGUGUUGGCUCAGUGUGAAGGUGAUUUGAGUACGAAUGAUUGUGGUGAAUGUGUGAAGACUGUUGUUCAGAAAUCACAAGUUGAGUGUGGGAGUUCAAUUUCUGGUCAGAUUUAUUUGAACAAGUGUUACAUGACUUAUACUUACUAUCCUAAUGGAAUCUCAAAGAAAGAUUCACCAGGAGAUGGAGCAGGAGGAGGUGGUGGUGGUGGUGGUGGGGCAGCACAAAAUACAGGGAAGACAAUUGCUAUUGUGGUGGGAGGAGCAGCUGGUGUUGGAUUUCUUGUUAUUUGUUUGAUGUUUACUAGAUCAUUGUUGAAGAAACAUGAUGAUGAUGAUUACUAAGGAUCAUGGAUUGAUGGGGCAGUAAAAGCUAUUUUGAUGAGAAGAGCUGGAAUUUAAGAGGGUUUAGGAAGAGAUAGAUAGAUAGACAAAGGAAGGGGUUUCACUUUUUUGGAUGUAAAAAGAAAAGGGGAUACUUUUUGUUGGGAAGAGGAGCAUAUUGACACAUUGUUGUUAAGAAUUGUUUAAAGAAUCAAAGAAUGAAUGUUUUUUGUUUUAGAUUAGCAACAUCUAUGAUUUUACUUCAAAGUGGGAUGGAGUUGCAGAAGAGAUUUUUUUUGACAAUUUUCUUGGCUUCUCUCUUCAUUUCAGAGCACAGAGAUUUUCCAUCUUUUUUGACUAAUUGUUCAGAGUUUAUUAAUUUCUUAAUACAAGACAAAAGGGUUGUUGGAAAA